CUACUUUCUUUGCCACCAAAACCCUGAAGCUGAGAUUUUAUUAUGUUUGAGGAGAAGAACCAUCUAAGCUUAUGGAAUGAUCGCACCUAGAGAACCAGAAAGGAGGCUUCGGCCGGCAAUUCCUUUCAUUCGUUUUGCCCUCUUCUUCCCUUGUAGCUGGAUAGAAAUAAAAAAUCAAUUUGCCCUCUUCUACACUCUCUCGCAUCCAUCUCCACUCUCUCUCCGCCACUUCUCCCUCCGCCGCUCCAUGGCUACCGCAGUCGACGACGCCGCCGUCUCCCCUUCCAACACCCGCGUCGGCUGGAUCGGCACCGGAGUCAUGGGCCGUUCCAUGUGCUCCCACCUCAUCAAAGCCGGCUACUCCUUCACCGUCUUCACCCGCACCGCCUCCAAAGCCCAACCCCUCCUCGACCUCGGCGCCAAGCUCGCAGAUUCCCCAAUCGCCGUCGCUUCCCAAUCCGGCGUCGUCUUCUCCAUCGUCGGCUUCCCCUCCGACGUCCGUCAGGUCCUCCUCGAACCCACCAUGGGGCCCUCCACGGCCUCCGCCCCGGAGGAGUCCUGGUCGACUUGACCACGUCGGAACCCUCGCUCGCCGCCGCCGCAUCCGCCAAACACUGCCAUUCCAUCGACGCCCCCGUCUCCGGCGGCGAUCGCGGCGCGAAGAGCGGGAACCUGGCGAUAUUCGCCGGCGGGGAUCAAUCCAUCGUCGAGAAAUUAAAACCCUUGUUUGCCCUCAUGGGGAAAGUCAACUACAUGGGUUCUCCAGGUAAAGGCCAAUUCGCAAAAUUGGGGAAUCAAAUCACCAUAGCUUCAACGAUGGUUGGAUUGGUGGAAGGGAUCAUCUAUGCUUACAAAGCAGGGCUCAACGUGGAGCUUUACUUGAGCGCGAUAUCCACCGGAGCCGCCGGAUCCAAGUCGCUCGAUUUGAACGCCGGCCGGAUAAUGAAGAGGGAUUUCGAACCUGGGUUUAUGUGAAUCAUUUCGUUAAAGGGUUUGGGGAUCUGCUUGAAAGAGUGCCAGAAUAUGGGUCUGGCUUUGCCUGGUUUGGCCUUAGCUCAGCAGCUUUAUCUGUCGCUCAAGGCUGAUGGAGAAGGCGAUUUGGGCACCACGGCGCUUAUUUUGGCCCUUGAGAGGCUCAACAAUGUUUCCCUCGAGAAUCUUGGUUCAUCAUCCACCCCUGGAGCAUAGAUAAACUGGUAAACAAUUGGAAUUCAUGUGUGGUAAUGGUGUUCUGGGUGAUCCAUUCCUAAUCAUAGCAGGAUUUGUAAGAGUUUUUCCGACUGAAAUUGGCAUUGUUCUGCCUCUGUCAAGGGUUAUUGGAGAUAGAUAAGUAACCCUUUCUGUAUGGUUUCUUCUGUUCUGUUGUGUUCUCUUUGGUAGUUGCAACGUUGCUGGUUUGUUGCUCGAUGUUCUUGCUUAUGAUAGUUGGCAACUUGGAAAGGAAGAAGAAAGUUUCAGAGAGCUUGAAUUCAUAGACUUAAUAUAAUUCUAGCUUCUGAGUUAUACCAGAAGCUUCAAGCUUGAAUGAUUCAGCUGCAUGGUUGGCUGUCCUGAACAGAGUGUGCCAAAAGCAAGAAUCUUCCGUCAAACCCCAAUUCUGAAAACCACAUGAAUCUCUCGGGAAAUGAGUAAACGUGCAGACAAGGCAAUACAGGCGAAGUGGCAAAGAUGGAUAAAGUUUGGAACUUCUUCACAUUAAAGUAUUGGAAAAAGU